CUGAUCUGCAGGGUAGCUUGGGUACCUAUUUACCAGCUAUACAACUCCUUGGUAUUUGACCCCGCCGACAUCCUUUUGCUUGAACUUGGAGAAUUCACGAUAAUUUCGAUGAGUGAAGACACAAUGAAGAUUAUAAGUAUAGAAUUCUUAAUAUCCAUCCUGGUAGGCGUCGCAGUAGCCUGGGAACAUAUAAAUGAAGAUGAAUUUCGUCGAGCCAUUUCAGGACAUAACCAGGCCUUGGUUGCAUUUAUAGAACCUUCAACGACAGCAAGUCAAGCCCUAGAGCCAGAAUGGACGACUGCUAUAGAAUCAGAAAAGAAAGCCCUUCUAAGCGUUGAUUGCACCUCUACCGCAAGUCUUUGCAAGGAAUUUGGCAUCAUCUCGUAUCCAGCCCUACGCUUCUUCGAUGGUCAUGGGAAAAUGGUGUCCUACCGAGGCCCUAGAAGGGCAAAGUCCAUCAUCUCCUACAUAAAACGAGCGGUGCGCCCCGCUAUCACCGUCCUGGACACCAAAGAAAAGGUACAGAACUUUGCACCCAGCGACGAGUACGUGAUAAUCGCACGCAUCAACCCUCAAGACCCACACAUCAAAACCGCGUACGAAGCCCUCGCAUCCCAGUACCGCGACAGGCUGUCCUUCGGGCUCGUGACGCCCAAAACCGCAGCCACGACCGUCUCAUGCUACAACAACCGCGACAGCCAGCAAUUCGCCACCUCGGACCUCAGCGCCAUCGACGCGCUGCCGAAGCUCAUCUCAGACUGUCUCGAGCCCGUGAUCGGCGAGUUCACGCGCGCGAGCGAGAUCAAGUACCUGCAGUCUGGCAAGUCGCUGGUCUUCUACUUCGCCGGUGCCUCCAGCGAGCGCGACGCGUACGUCGACGCCAUGCGCUCCGUCGCCAAGAUGUACAAGGAGUACCUGCUCUUCGUGACCGUCGACGCGAACGAGUACGGCGACCUAGCUGAGCCGUUGGGAUUAAGAGCUGGCAAGUUCCCGGCGCUGUCGGUGCAGAACCCGAUGUUUGGGCAGGUUUUCCCGUACUCGGGUGGCCGUGAGAUUAAGCCGGAGGCGGUGGGUGGGUUCUUGAUGGAUAUAGUGCAGGGGAAGGUGAAACCGUGGGAUGGGACGAUGGAGGGUGAGGACAAAGGGGCGGAUGAGCACGAUGAGCUAUAGGGGAAUAUUUAAGGUGAUCGUGUAUUCAACCAGACAGCAUAUAAACCUUAGAACGUGACAUAACUUAUGAUUUUUCAAUAAGAAUAACACUUGCAUCUAUAUCGAAA